UCGGUGGGAGAGGACUGUUCGCUCUCUGCUCCACUGUGACCACCACCCACCCAUGGAGUACCCGCGCCACUCCACGUCCGGGAACUAGCGCCUGAAAUCACGACUUCUCCCUGUCUUGCACGGGAAAAAUAACCAAAACAAAGUGCUUGAAUUCGUCUGAAUUUGACAGUUUUAAAUGUAAUGUAAAUCAAUUUCAUUAUAUUAUUGUUGUUUUAUUUACGUGCUAAUGUUCGACGUUUAUGGCAGAUGGAUAUAAGCAACGCUUAUUGUGGUUUUAUUUUAGAUAAUUUAGCUUUUAGCGAGUGUAUUAAGAGGUGACGCUACGAGAUAAACUUAACUAUGUACCGAGAAUGAUGCGUCUGAAGAACUCAGCAUUACGUAAGAGAUAGAAUUCAUCAUUCUUGUCGUCGCUCAAGGCAAUGCUCAACAUCAUGGGCUUGGCUGUCCCAGCCUGGGUGAUGCUGGUUGUCCUGCCAGCAUGCUGGGCCGGCCUAGACCAAACAGCCUCCAACUUCGCCUCGCGGGGGCCCUGGGUACAGGUUCAGAGGUUCCUGGUGCCCCGCUACGUGGCCCUGGGGGUGAACGUGACCCUGGAGUGUGACUACGCAGUCCAGAAGCACGCCACGCUCUACUCCCUCAAAUGGUACAAGGGAAACUCUCAGUUCUACCAGUACAUCCCGACGCUGCCUCAGCAGCAUACAGUCUUCUCCGUCGGAGGGCUUCACCAAGACAAAGUAGUGAGUACAUGA